UGUUGUGGAUCUAAAAGAAAAUAAAAUACUCUGUAAUCUAACCCAAGGAUCACUACAGCGUCCCGGGAGCAGCCUGCCCCUCCCGUGUUACAGAUGCCUGGGAACUCUGUUAAUAUGCCUCCAUCGGACAGUGUUUACUCUGACUGCCUCCAUUCAAGGCUUGCGUGGUCCAAGAAUAGCCGCUGUUUGAAAAGACAGUACUUAAAACGCCGGGCUGCGGGGAAGGAAGUGACAUGCUUCCUUCCACUCACUACACACACUUGGAGAGAUUAGCGCGCAGGCAGCGGUAAUCUGGUUUCAGCACCACGGCCAGAGACACCGUUUGGCCAGGAAUCCUGAUCAAAGUUACCUCCACCGGGAUGUGAGACCUUCAGAGAGUGUCAAGAAGUUCAUUUGGACCUUAAGGACUAUGGCAAAGUGGGACUGACAAUGUUUAUACGCUUGGUUUUAUAUAAAGGAAGCUGAAGAUAAUUAAAUCUCUGGACAAUCCGUGGCGCUGGCUACAGAUUCCUCUGCAUAGGAACCUGUGGGUUAAGGAGUCUGGUGACCAAGUAACAUUUAGUUGUGUUUUUAUUAUAUAUGUUUGAGUGAGAAACACGGGGCGGAGGGAGUAGAGGAGAAGGCUGUGCGCUCGAUCGGGAGCGCGCAAAGACUGCACAUUGGUCGGAUCCUGGAGUCGUGAGGAUGGAGAUCCGGCCGGACAGGUUUAAGGUCGUGGCAGCCAAGACUCUCGGGAAAAUAUACGGAGCUCUUGAGAAGAAGCAGGAAAAUGGCGAGACCAUUGAGCUGUCGGCGGAGGGCCGGCCAGAGCUGGUGUCGGAGAAGGAGGAGCCUGUGGUGGACUGCACAUGCUUCGGCCUGCCCAGGCGCUACAUCAUAGCCAUCCUCUCUGGCAUUGGCUUCUGUAUUUCCUUUGGUAUCAGAUGCAACUUGGGCGUAGCCAUCGUAAGCAUGGUCAACAGCCACACCAUCUUCAGAGACAACAAGCAGGUCGUAGUGAAAGCUCAGUUUGACUGGGAUCCAGAAACAGUGGGAAUGAUCCAUGGCUCCUUCUUCUGGGGAUACAUAGUAACCCAAAUCCCAGGAGGGUUCAUCUGUCAAAAGUUUGCAGCAAACAGAGUGUUUGGUUUUGCCAUAGUGGCCACAUCUUGCCUGAAUAUGCUCAUCCCGACAGCAGCACGGAUUCAUUUUGGCUGUGUUAUCAUCGUCAGGGUGUUUCAAGGACUUGUGGAGGGGGUUUCAUAUCCAGCCUGUCAUGGUAUUUGGGCAAAAUGGGCACCACCUCUUGAAAGAAGUCGCCUGGCCACGACAGCGUUUUGCGGUUCUUAUGCUGGUGCUGUGAUUGCCAUGCCAUUAGCUGGAGUCUUGGUCCAGUACACAGGAUGGUCAUCAGUCUUCUAUGUCUACGGAAGUUUUGGGGUCAUGUGGUAUUGCUUCUGGUUCCUCGUGUCUUAUGAAAGUCCAGCAGCCCAUCCCACCAUCUCUGAGGAGGAGAGAAAAUAUAUUGAGGAAAGCAUUGGCGAAUCGGCCCAGCAUACAGUAACGAAAUUCAACACACCGUGGAGGGCCUUCUUUACAUCCAUGCCAGUAUACGCCAUCAUUGUGGCUAAUUUCUGCAGAAGCUGGACUUUCUAUUUGCUUCUCAUCAGCCAGCCUGCGUACUUUGAGGAGGUGUUUGGGUUUGAGAUUAGCAAGGUGGGCAUAGUUUCUGCACUUCCCCACCUCGUCAUGACCAUCAUCGUGCCCAUUGGGGGCCAGAUUGCUGACUAUCUGCGCUGCAACCAAAUCAUGACCACCACUAACGUCCGAAAACUUAUGAACUGUGGAGGGUUUGGGAUGGAGGCAACCCUGCUGCUGGUGGUGGGUUUCUCUCAUACAAAAGGUGUUGCCAUUACGUUCUUGGUCCUGGCUGUGGGUUUCUCUGGAUUUGCCAUUUCAGGUUUCAAUGUCAACCAUCUGGACAUUGCACCCCGCUAUGCUAGUAUCCUCAUGGGUAUCUCCAAUGGUGUGGGCACUUUGUCUGGUAUGGUUUGCCCACUUAUAGUUGGUGCCAUGACAAAGCACAAGACUCGGGAGGAGUGGCAGGGUGUGUUUCUUAUCGCCUCGCUUGUCCAUUAUGCAGGUGUUAUAUUCUAUGGUAUCUUUGCAUCAGGAGAGAAGCAACCUUGGGCAGAGCCGGAGCAGCUGAGUGAUGAAAAAUGUGGUAUCCUAGACGAGGAUGAGCUUGCAAACGAGACAGAGGAGCUGUAUCGCACAAGUGGCGGAGCAGGCUACGGAGCCAUGAACCAGGGAGCGGAUCCCAACGGAGGUGGAGGCAUGGGAGGAGGAGGAGGAGGCUGGGUCACAGACUGGGACAAAACUGAGGAGUACGUCCAACCAGCUGGAACCAAUAAUUACCUUUAUGGAGGAGGGGGGGAUCGCGAGUUAACAUAAAACCAGCAGCAUCCUCUGCACGUAGCCUUUAGCGAGGCAAAAGUGUGGAGUUUCACCUGAGGGGAUGAAGAACUUUGAAAGUGUGGAGGGGACCAUUUUCAGCAAGUCUGACUGUAUUAUCAAAACUGAACUGAAUUAAAAGAGACUCCACAGCGAAGACGAAGACAUUAGUAAAUGUAAUAUGUGUGUUUGUGUGUGAUUGCAAUUGUGUACCUUGUGUGACAGACAAUCUAAUGUUUUAGGACUCAUGAGCCUCCCUGCAAUCUCUCUUGGAGGAGGGAUGUGGUUUAGGCCCAGUGUGGCUUUCUUUGAUGUUGAUUAUUCAUUGUAAUAAUUGUAGGAAUUUCUAUAUUACCUGACAGGAUUUGGAUUUAAUUUGUAUGCCUCUCACUUACAUUUGAAUGAUUCAAGAUUACUUCUCUAUGUGCACAUUGGUCACACGCACACUUUAUUGGAUUAACUGCUUUUUAAAAAGUUUCAGAAACGGUUGAAAUAGUUGCACCUCCACUGAAGAUAAAACAGGAAAUCACUAGUUUUCACACGUUAUGUAAGAUUUUUCCUAAAAAAUAAUGUUAACUUUUGUCCUUAAUGUGCACACACCUAAGCAAAAGCAUGUUACUUGUGCCAAUACAACGAAAUAUUUUGCUCUGUAGUAUUGGUUUACUCAUCAACUGAGAAAGUAAUUGAACUCCUGCAAGUAUUACUGUACACGGCUUUCUGUGAAGUCUAAAUAGCAUUUUUUAGAUGCAGCAAUUUGAUUUCCUCAUGCAAAAAUGUUUUAUGUACUAGGCCUCGAACCUAUCUGCCUGCUGACGAACUGGGGAAUAAAAAAAUGCCUCGUAUAGGACAAGAAGGAAUGUUAUUAUCCAGGGUUAUAAAAUGAGUUUCUUAGUUUAGAGACACUUUUUUUCUAUCCCGUCUCUUCUUCAAAUCUUAAUUUGGUUCAAUAAGCUCUCCAUGUAGCCUAAUAUAUGCUUCAUUAAUGUCGUUCUAUCAUGUCACUGUUGUGUUCAGGCAAAGAGGUCCAACACAUGUCAGUCUCUGCUCUCUAUCACAGUGGCAAAGCAAACAAAAACAAAAAAAAAAACACUGAGACAAAGCUGUUAUGCGGUGCCAGUUAUGUUAUAUGUCAAAAUGAAAAAAAUUUAGACCCAUAGAGCCAUCAUGUAGAUCUCAGUCGAGCUCAUUUGAAGGUGCUCCUUCAUUGCCCUACGCUUUACUUUAUAGCGCAGCAAGCUGAAGAUAUGUUGAGUGAUAAUGGACAACAAAACAAUGACAUUUCACUGUACAUGAGCAGUUGGUUUUAUUUUUGUUAGUAGACAUUGUAAUGUAUCUAGUUAGCCGCAAAAUGAAGGUUUAAGAAUAAAAAAGUAUCCCUGUGUUAGACUAUGAAAUGGUAUCACUUCGGCUGAUACUGUUUCGAGUUCACUGAUAGAAUAGAUAUUGAAUGUUAGGGUUUUUACGGUCAUUUUUCAUUCAUUUCUUGUGUUAUGUUUUGUUCUGGAUUUUAAACUAAAACUGUAUGUAAAACCAUGUACAUGUGGAAAAUAUUGUAUAAUAAAACCUAGAUAAUUCUACAAACCUACAUAAUUCAUGUACAAUAGAUAUUCUUAGCAGUUAAUGCUUACACAUUACUCCAAUUUUUACGUUUUAAAGUUUGGUGGUGCAUAAGCUAUGUGCUUUUACCUUUUUAGUACGGCACCUGUUUUGUUUUGUUUAAGCCAACUUUCUCCCCCUCCAUGCCGUGUUCAAACAGCAAUAAUGUAGAUCUUUGGAUACAGUGGUUUCAUGUUACCCAUAAUGCCGGACUCCUCUCUAGACAGAGUAUCGAUCGCUGAGCUAAACAUAAGAGCAUGGAAAUGAAGACGAAAAAUAGAUUUUCAUGGCACCAGAGCAAGGGACUCAAAACAGUGAGGGCUCCAAUGUCCUACUCUAGUCUCUAAAAUCACAGGGAUUAUCCAGCAUCUACCUGCCAGCAAGAGCAAUAGUGAUUACUGGAUGUUACACCAGUUCUGUGAGCAGCUUUCUAACAUAAUUCACUAUAAAUUAACCCCAUCAAGGCUCCACCUCAACACCCAGAGGCAGAUUUGCACUCAUAGACCAAUCAGGAGGUAGCAGGAAGAUGAUUAAACCAUGGGCCCGGGUAUGAUUGUAGUUAGGGAGCUACACACUUACAUGCACGAUAACUGGAGUUACAUUUAAAUAACUACCAUUUCCAUUUUGUUUGCGCUACGGCCUCCAACAGAUCUGCUUUUGCCUGUCGGCUGUGUCCUGAAGCUGUGGUGCAACUCUAGGGCUGAAGGAGAGGAAAAGUGUAAGGCAUACUGGAGGACCACACUGUGUGGGCGAACACAGCCACCCCCAGGGGCCCUGACUGGGUAAACCAAUAUGGAAGACCAUUAGAGGGUGUAGCAUAUAUGAAAUAGAACAAGUGAGAGGGGGAAGGGAAAAGUUAUUAACCGCCGACGUCUGAUAAUACAGCAGUACAACAUUCCUUGCAAUAUCAAGUAGCUGCAUCGUGUUGCAAGAUGUGCAGAGGGCACAGGACAAGGACACAGCAAGACAGGGACAGAAGAGCAGCAAGAACAGGAAGAGAGCUGAAGUGGGAACAAACUGUCAACAUUAGCUUUCUAUAAGAAAUUUAAUAUUUAGUUGUCAGUAUCAACCACUGCUCGAAUGAUUGUUCUUCUGUGGCUACACAUAAACUUUUUAUGCUGCGUUAAACAUUUAUUUUCUGGAAAUUUCACUAUACAGCCUAAUAUACAGUACUUUACAAUUACAAAGUUUUAGCUCCCUAAAAUAGUCUACAUAAAGUGCUGUCUCGGGGAUGUUGCUAUUGAAAAUACAAAAAAAAAAAAAUUAAACCACAAAAUUAUACAGUAAAGAUACUGAAUAUUACCAAUAAUUAUCUUCUUUCAGUAAGCUAAGUCUGUAAACUGAUAAUACUGCUACUGGUCUU